GGCUCCACCCUCUGAGCAGUGACAGUCCAGAUCAGAACAGACGGACACCGAGAGGAGGACACAGAGUGCCAUCAACAAGGACGAAAUGAACGGGACCAAGGCCGAUACCGAGACCCGGUCCGGGUCCACUUCUGAUGAGCUCAUCUUCUUCGUCAACGGGAGGAAGGUCGUUGAGAAGAACCCAGAUCCUGAGAUGAGUCUACUGACUUACCUGAGGAGGAAACUGGGUCUAACUGGGACUAAACUGGGCUGUGCUGAGGGAGGAUGUGGAGCCUGUACCGUCAUGUUGUCCAGAUACCAAGCACACACUGAGCAGCUGCUAUAUUAA